UGCGCACGCAUCUCCCACUUGAAAAUUGUUGCCAUUUAUCAAUAUCUACGGAUUGUUUCUUGCACAUUAGUUGGGAUAUUGUAGACUUUUUACUUCACACAGAGAAUACAAAACUGACAAGAUGGCCAGCUGCAAUUUUCAGGCGCAGUUGGUAUCCAUUAUGGAGGUAUUAGCUAAAGCAGCUGUAGCAGAAAUAAACAAACGGGUUGAUGAUAGCUGUGCAGUUAUACGUUUGGAAGUGACCCAAAGCCAGCGAGAUAUUGAUGUACUGAAAAGGAAGUGUCAAAUAAUGGAGGGCGAGCUGAAGAAGACAAGAGUCAGGAGAAAAGAGAGAUCUUCAUAUCCAGUCAAGAUUGUUUUGAACAAGCAGAGGAUUAGCUCACAGUGGAGCGACGAAGAGAUUGCUGUUGAAGAGGACUCUCAACCCCAGCCUACAGAUGUGGAGCAGAGAGCAGAGACUGAACCCAUACUGAUCAAAGAUGAAGAGACAGCAGAGGAUGUGUGGAAGACUGACCUUCAGGAAGAGCUCAGGAUCACUGGAGAGGAGUCUGGUUCCAAGUCUGGGAAACCACCAUCCUUUGAGCAACGGCACUUUGAUGAGGACUUCAUCACACAACCCAACAUAUCUCCUGAAGAGUCAGUGGAACAUUACCCCAAUUCUGAUGGUCCAGAGGAACCAGGCACAUCCCGGCUCACGUCUGAGGUGUUUAGCACAGAGCAGCACCGGCCAGCCGAGGACGAGGACUCACUAGAGCUAGUGAUGGUGAAGGAUGAGAAAAAGGAGGAGCUGGGUCAGACCACGGCCCUGGCAGGACUUGACCAGUUUGUCAUGGAUGAGACUGAUGGGCAGCUGUGGACCUCUGUGGAUCCAGGCAGACACACUGAUGGCCACCCAGAUUUCUCCUUUCAUGCCACAGAGGAGUACUCUCAGAAUAUAUCAAUUUUCCCAUCUCAAAGUGUGCUGCCAUCUGUUCCUACUAUGACAGAUGAUGUAUGGCCAUUGCUUCCCUCUUCUAUAGGGAAACCACAUGCUGACAUGCUCAGUGCAGCAGCACACAUGAAAAAACAUGUCAGGACAUUGGCUGAUGAGACUAGACAACAGAUGCCAGAAGGACAGAGCAGUGAGAUGCUGAAUUCAAAUAAUGAUGGAAAUAGUUUAGCUCUACAGCCAAGUCAGCAUCAGCACAGGGCUUCAGAAGCAACAGUGAGAAUGAGUGAGUGCAUGACAGGGUCAAACAUGGCCACCACCUCCACCUUCUCUGGAUACAGCCUGAGUCGCAGUAGUUUUAACAUGGUGAAGAGAAUGAGGACUCAGUGGAGGUCGGGCGGCACCACUGAGAGGCGUUUCAGCUGCACCUUCUGUGGGAAGAGCUUCCAGCGUUUCAGCCAGCUCAAAGUACACCUCCGGAGUCACACCGGAGAGAAACCGUACACCUGCGAACAGUGUGGCAGGAGUUUCACCAAGCAGUGCAACCUGAUCAGACAUGCUGUGGUCCACAGCGGGGAGAAGCCCUAUGAGUGCACACAGUGUGGGAAAUGCUUCACCCAGCGCUCCAGUAUGAAGUCACAUCAGAGAACUCACAUAGGAGAGAGUCCAGUGUCUCAACAUGUGGUACCUGCAUACCCUGGGGAUCCACACACAAGUUUAAUGUUGUCUCAGACGAAAUGGAGCAAAUAAAACAUAAUUGUAUUGUUUUUUGUUAACAUUUUCUAUGUGAAAAUGUGGGAAGAAGUUGAGACAUUUUUACACGCUUUUCCUCCAAACUGAUUUGUGAACUGGUUUUCAUGUUUAACUGUUGACUGCUCGUCACUUUCAUUUUAACAAACAAUUGAUUUACUACUGGUAACAUCAAUCAUAAAAAACAUUCAAAUAUACAGUGCCGUGCGAAAGUAUUUGGCCCCCUUGAACUUUGCGACCUUUUGCCACAUUUCAGGCUUCAAACAUAAAGAUAUAAAACUGUAUUUUUUUGUGAAGAAUCAGCAACAAGU